CUCUCGCGAGAAAAGCCGUGCCGACGGAAAAAAUGGCGCCUCCCAGUCCCCGGGAGCCCAAGGCCCCAUCCGCAACGAGUGAGGCCAAGUCCGACGAGGAGAUGGUGCUGCCGGGAUUUCCGGACGCAGACAGCUUCGUGAAGUUUGCUCUUGGGUCAGUCGUGGCAGUCACCAAAGCAUCUGGGGGCCUACCACAGUGCGGCGAUGAGUAUGAUUUUUACCGAAGUUUUCCUGGCUUCCAGGCAUUUUGUGAAACACAGGGAGAUAGGCUGCUUCAGUGCAUGAGCAAGGUAAUGCAGUACCAUGGGUGCCGAAGCAACAUUAAGGAUCGAAGUAAAGUGACUGAGUUGGAGGACAAGUUUGAUUUACUUGUUGAUACCAAUGAUGUUAUUUUGGAAAGAGUGGGUAUUUUACUGGAUGAAGCAUCAGGUGUGAAUAAGAAUCAACAGCCUAUUCUUCCUGCAGGACUGCAGGUCCCCAAAACAAUAGUGUCCAGCUGGAACCGGAAGGCGGGAGAAUAUAACAAAAAAACAAAAUCUGAAACUUUCCGGCUGCUUCAUGCAAAAAACAUCAUCCGGCCUCAGCUUAAAUUCCGAGAGAAGAUUGACAAUUCUAACACGCCAUUUCGUCCUAAAAUCUUCAUCAAGCCCAACGCCCAGAAACCACUCCCUCAGGCGCUCUCCAAAGAAAGGCGGGAGCGCCCGCAGGACCGUCCUGAGGACCUGGACGUCCCCCCUGCUCUGGCGGAUUUCAUCCAUCAGCAGAGAACCCAGCAGGUGGAGCAGGACGUAUUUGCACAUCCUUAUCAGUAUGAACUAGAUCACUUCACUCCACCAGAUUUAGCCCUUCAGAAGCCACAGCCGCAGUUAUAUCGACCUGUGGAAGAAACACCCUGCCAUUUUGUAUCCUCCCUGGACGAACUAGUGGAACUCAACGAAAAGCUCUUGAAUUGUCAAGAAUUUGCUGUAGACUUGGAGCACCACUCCUACCGGAGCUUCCUCGGGCUGACCUGCCUCAUGCAGAUCUCUACCCGCACAGAAGACUUCGUCGUUGACACCCUGGAGCUUCGAAGUGACAUGUACAUCCUCAACGAGAGCCUCACGGACCCAGCCAUUGUCAAGGUCUUCCAUGGUGCCGAUUCAGACAUAGAAUGGCUGCAGAAAGACUUCGGAUUGUACGUAGUGAACAUGUUUGAUACACACCAGGCAGCGCGCCUUCUUAACCUGGGCAGGCACUCACUCGACCAUCUACUGAAACUCUACUGCAACGUGGAAUCAAACAAGCAGUACCAGCUGGCUGAUUGGAGAAUACGGCCUCUGCCCGAGGAGAUGCUCAACUACGCCCGGGACGACACCCAUUACUUGCUUUACAUCUAUGACAAGAUGAGGCUGGAGCUGUGGGAGCGAGGCAACGGCCAACCCGUGCAGCUGCAGGUGGUGUGGCAGCGGAGCAGGGACAUCUGCCUCAAGAAAUUCAUCAAACCUAUCUUCACCGACGAGUCCUACCUUGAACUCUACAGGAAGCAGAAGAAGCAUCUCAACACACAGCAGUUGACAGCCUUCAAGCUGCUGUUUGCCUGGAGGGAUAAAACCGCUCGGAGGGAAGACGAAAGUUAUGGAUAUGUACUGCCAAACCACAUGAUGCUAAAGAUAGCCGAAGAACUGCCUAAGGAACCUCAGGGCAUCAUAGCCUGCUGCAACCCUGUGCCACCUCUCGUGCGGCAACAGAUCAACGAAAUGCACCUUUUAAUCCAGCAGGCGCGAGACAUGCCCCUGCUCAAGUCUGAAGUUGCAGCUGGCGUGAAGAAGAGUGGACCGCUGCCCAAUCCCGAGAGGUUGGAGAAUGUUCUCUUCGGGCCUCACGACUGCUCCCACGCCCCUUCUGACGGCUAUCGCAUCAUCCCGACCAACGGGCCCGUGCCCACGCAGAAACAGGCCGGCCUCUUCCCUGAGGAGGGAGGCGAGGACAAGGCCCUGCUGGAUUCCAAAUGCCUCAUCGCUUCCGCUGUCAUCACUUUAUUUAGCGAACCUAGUGCUGAAGAAAAUAGAAAGGGUCCAUUAACAGUUGCACAGAAAAAAGCCCAGAACAUAAUGGAGUCCUUUGAAAACCCAUUUAGAAUGUUUCUGCCUUCGCUAGAACACCAUGCUCACAUUUCCCAGGCAGCAAAGUUUGAUCCGUCAUCGAAAAUCUAUGAAAUCAGCAACCGCUGGAAGCUGGCAAGCCAGGUACAGGUACAAAAAGAAUCUAAGGAAACUGCCAAGAAGAAGGCAGCUGAGCAAACAGCUGCCGGGGACCAGGCCGCCGGGGAGCGCAGAGCAGCAGCGGAGCAGGCCGUGUCCGUCCGAUGGCAGGCUGCACUAGAAAAUGCUGCCAAGAAGAGAGAGCGGACAACAAGUGACCCAAGGACCACAGAACAGAAACAAGAGAAGAAAAGACUCAAAAUUUCCAAGAAGCUGAAAGAACCAGAUCCACCAGAAAAAGAUUUCACACCAUAUGACUACAGCAAGUCGGAUUUCAAGGCUUUUGCUGGAAACAGCAACUCCAAACCUUCUUCCCAGUUUGAUCCAAAUAAGCAGGCCCAGUCUGGCAAGAAAUGUCUUGCAGCCAAGAAGCUUAAACAGCCAAUGGGAAACAAAAGCAUGUCCUUUCCAACGGGAAAGUCAGACAGGGGUUUCAGGUACAACUGGCCGAAGAGAUAGUGUUGGAAGGGGCCUAAGGGUGCCCUGCGCAUGGGAAGCACUGAAGGGCAAUGCUGGUUUUGUACAGGCUCAUUUUUAAACCAUUAAAAAUAAUUCUUACAGGAAGAAA